CCAACGGGUUGUUAGUCAAGAUGGCGUUGGCGGCCGGUGUGUCGCGGCUAUGGGGACCAAGUCGAGGCUUGGGCCGGGCUCGCUUUCAGCUCCUGCGGCGGCUUGGGACUCGGGGGCUGGCUGUGUCUCAUCCGCAGAGACAGCAGCAGCACUUCUCAUCCCUGGAUGACAAGCCCCAGUUCCCAGGGGCCUCAGCAGAGUUCAUAGACAAGCUGGAAUUCAUGCAACCCAAUGUCAUCUCUGGGAUCCCCAUCUACCGUGUCAUGGAUCGGCAGGGCCAAAUCAUCAACCCAAGUGAGGAUCCCCAUCUGCCACAGGAGAAGGUGCUCAAGUUCUAUAAGAGCAUGACGCUGCUGAACACCAUGGAUCGCAUCCUCUAUGAGUCCCAGCGGCAGGGCCGGAUCUCCUUCUACAUGACCAACUAUGGUGAGGAAGGGACGCACGUGGGGAGUGCAGCAGCCCUGGACAACACUGACCUGGUGUUUGGCCAGUACCGGGAGGCAGGCGUGCUGAUGUAUCGGGACUUCCCCCUGGAACAGUUCAUGAACCAGUGCUACGGCAACGUGAACGACCUGGGUAAGGGGCGCCAGAUGCCCGUCCACUAUGGCUGCAAGGAGCGUCACUUCGUCACCAUCUCCUCUCCACUGGCCACACAGAUUCCUCAGGCGGUGGGAGCAGCCUACGCAGCCAAGCGGGCCAAUGCCAACAGGAUUGUCAUCUGUUACUUCGGUGAGGGGGCAGCCAGUGAGGGGGAUGCCCAUGCCGGUUUCAACUUCGCCGCCACCCUUGAGUGCCCCAUCAUCUUCUUCUGCCGAAACAAUGGCUAUGCCAUUUCCACACCCACCUCUGAGCAGUACCGCGGGGAUGGCAUCGCGGCUCGAGGCCCCGGCUACGGCAUCUUGUCAAUCCGUGUGGAUGGCAAUGACGUGUUCGCCGUGUAUAAUGCCACCAAGGAGGCCCGGCGGCGGGCCGUGGCAGAGAACCAGCCCUUCCUCAUUGAAGCCAUGACCUAUAGGAUUGGGCACCACAGCACCAGUGACGACAGCUCGGCAUACCGCUCGGUGGACGAGGUCAAUUACUGGGACAAGCAGGACCACCCCAUCUCCAGGCUGAGGCACUACAUGCAGAGCCGUGGCUGGUGGGAUGACGAGCAGGAGAAGGCCUGGAGGAAGCAGUCCCGCAAGAAGGUGAUGGAGGCCUUUGAGCAGGCCGAGCGGAAGCUGAAGCCCAGUCCCAGUCUGCUCUUCUCGGAUGUGUAUCAGGAGAUGCCUGCCCAGCUCCGCAAGCAGCAGGAGUCCUUGACCCGUCACCUCCAGACCUACGGCGAGCACUAUCCCCUGGACCACUUUGAGAAGUGAGGCCUGCUCGCCCCACCCCACCCACUCAGGUACCCCGAGAGGCAGUCCCAGGCUGAGGGGUGGAGGCAGCUGGCAGGACACCACCCUCUUCCCCAGCCAGCACCCUCCAAGGGGCCAGGGCAGGACUGAGAUAGUAAGGGUGGGCUUCUGCUCACUGUCCCAGCUCCUCUAGGCUGUUACAUUGUUGGGGGGGCCCUCUCAGCCCCCACUUUGUGGUUGCAGUGCCUUUUCCCAAGGGCUAGGUGGGAUGCCUCCAGGACUGGAAGCCCCUCUGGGCUAGGGCAAGCAUGGCAAGUUCGCCUGUGGAACGUACCCAAAGUGAGGGGUGAUCAGCAGGCAGUGAAUAAACUUUCUCUCUACA